AUGGCUUCCAACGGUGCCUCUCGACAGUAUUUGCCCCUGACCUGCCACGGCCAUUCCCGCCCUGUUCCCCACAUCAGCUUCUCCAGUCUCGAAAAGGAUGGAGAGUAUUUCAUUGUCUCUGCUUGCAAGGACGGCAACCCCAUGCUCCGACACGGCCGCACCGGCGACUGGAUCGGCACCUUCAUCGGGCACAAGGGUGCCACCUGGCAGGCAAAGCAGAGUCCCGACAACAAGAUUGCUGCUUCUGCCUCCGCCGACUUCUCCACCAAGGUCUGGAACGCUCACACCGGUGAGGAGCUCCUAGUUCUCAAACACGAUCACGUCGUCCGCGCUGUCGCCUUCCCGCUGAAUAUCUCCGACAUUCUGGCAACCGGUGGCCACGAGAAGAUCCUCCGUAUCUGGGACCUCAAGUCUGAAGAUCAUAAUGACGAGAGAGUUACUGCUACCGUCGAUGAGGAAACCAAGCACACGACCUACCACAUCCCGCCCGAGAUGGCCCACCAGAUUGGUGACGUUCACCCUGACACCAUCAAGUUCAUCGUUUGGCCCCAGCAGACUACAAUCAUCACUGCAGCAGGCAAGACAUUGCGAUGGCACGACGUGUCCACGCGGAAGCACGUCAAGGAAGAGGUGUUCGACGCGGAGAUCAAGGCCUGCGAGCUUGUCUUUCUCGCUCCGCAGUACACUUCGCCAAACGACGUCGGCGGCGGCUUGCCUGUGCUGAGCAUCGCUGCAGGCAAGAAGGUCGCCUUCUAUGGUGGUGCUGACUGCACCCAGAAAAUCAAGGAAUUCAACCUCUCGCAUGGCGUUGCCAGUGUUGGACUGGAUCUCAAGAACCACAAGUUCGUUGUGGGUGAAGAGCCCGGGACAUGGGCACGCGUCUACGACUGGCAAGGCCAGGAGAUCGAUAUCAUGAAGGGCCACCACGGUCCUAUCUGGAGCAUUCAGUUUUCUCCCGACGGUAAAUUGUACGCGACUGGAUCUGAGGACGGAACGAUUCGCAUGUGGAAGAACUGCGAAGAGGACUACGGUCUUUGGCGCGAUCGGGCAACGGCUACCGCGGAGAGGGUGGAGUAG